CAUUGGAUUUGAAAUAUUGAAAGUGGAUACAAAAAGACUUCAGCAAUGCAGACUAUUAAGUGUGUUGUUGUGGGUGAUGGUGCCGUUGGUAAGACAUGUCUUCUGAUUUCAUAUACAACAAACAAAUUCCCAUCUGAAUAUGUACCAACGGUAUUUGACAACUAUGCAGUCACGGUUAUGAUUGGUGGAGAGCCAUACACUCUUGGACUGUUUGAUACUGCAGGACAGGAAGAUUAUGACAGAUUACGGCCUCUCAGUUAUCCACAGACAGAUGUGUUUCUUGUCUGUUUUUCAGUGGUAUCCCCAUCCUCAUUUGAAAAUGUGAAAGAAAAGUGGGUACCAGAGAUUACUCACCACUGUCCAAAGACCCCUUUCUUGCUUGUUGGGACCCAAAUUGAUCUCAGAGAUGAUCCUUCGACUAUUGAGAAACUUGCCAAGAACAAACAGAAGCCCAUCACUCCAGAAACUGCUGAAAAGCUAGCUCGAGACCUGAAGGCUGUCAAAUACGUGGAGUGUUCUGCGCUUACACAGAGAGGUCUGAAGAAUGUGUUUGAUGAGGCUAUCCUAGCUGCCCUCGAGCCUCCGGAAACUCAACCCAAAAGGAAGUGCUGUAUAUUCUAAACUGUUUUCUCCUUCCCCUCUUUGCUGCUGCUUCCUGUCCCAACACUGUAGAAUCUCCGUUUUAAAAAACAAAACAAAACAAAAAAACAACACAAAGGAAUAAAACGAUCCUGUUUGAAAGCCUCUGCGUCUUUUUACUUACCAUCUUAGAGCAACCUCUGUAUUAUUAGUUUUCUGGUUAAAAACUGCAUUACAUAUCUAUCUAUCUUAGUAAAACACAAAAUACUUUGUUAUCUGGAGGCAGAUUUGUUUUGCCCCUUGGGUUGCCCAAUACUUGGAGCUUUAUGGUUUUGGUAACUGGAAUAAAAGGGGGCUCAGGUCUAGCAUUAAAAAUGCUCUUUAGGAGAAAAUAAAGGAAUACCCACCACUCAACAGUGGAUGGAAUCAUGCACACAUCUCAUUUUAUACUUGUGAAGCUGUUAUUAAUUGUACUUGCAUGACAAACCUACAUGGGAAGAGGUGACCUGCUAGUAGCGCUGUAAUGUGAUGGAUUCUUUCUAA